AUGACUUUUGUCAUCAAUUCUUUGCUGGACACCGAUCUGUACAAGAUCACAAUGCACGCGGCAAUAUAUGUGAAUCUCCCAAACGCAGAGGCUGUUUUUGGGUAUACCAAUAGGACGCCGUCGAUGCAACUGAACAAGCCCGCUUUGGACUGGCUGCGCACACAGAUUGACCAUUUGGGCUCACUCAGGUUCACGCCGAGCGACAUUGACUAUCUGAGGACCGAAUUGCCGUUUCUUCCUGCCAAAUAUCUUGAGUUCAUCAAGGACUUCAGGCUGCGGCCUGCGGAACAAGUGAGACUCAUAAACGUCGACAAACCGGAAGAAUUUGGUCUUGAAGUGACCGGCAAAUGGGCCGAUGUCACGCUGUAUGAGAUUCCGCUGCUGUCUCUCAUCUCGGAAGCUUACUUUAGGUAUGUGGAUACCAACUGGACGAACGACGGACAACUGGAGAAAGCCAGACAGAAAGGAGGCAAGCUGCUUGCGAACGGCUGUGCGUUCAGCGAGUUCGGCACCCGUAGAAGGCGGUCUUUGGAAACCCAACGUUUGGUGAUGAAAGGGCUGUGUCAAGCUGCCAAGGAGGCCGACAAUGGCGAGCUGUUCCUGGGAACGUCCAAUGUGAUGUUUGCCAGAGAAUUCGGAGUCAAGCCAAUUGGCACGGUCGGCCACGAGUGGAUGAUGGGAAUUGCGGCAGUCACACAGGACUACACAAACGCAAACAAGUUGGCAAUGGACUACUGGCUCAAUACAAUGGGCACUGCAAAUGCAGGUCUGGCACUGACCGACACUUUUGGCACAGACGCUUUUCUGAGAGCUUUCAUUCCGCCCUACUCUGACCACUACGUUGGAGUACGCCAGGACUCCGGCUCGCCCCUGGAUUACACGGACAAAAUAUCGCACCACUACCUGGAAGUCUUGAAGCUACCGAGAUUUUCAAAAGUGAUCUGCUACAGCGACUCGCUCAAUGUCGAUAAAUGUAUUGAAUACAAGAAGAAGGCCGACAGCUGUGGUAUGCGUGCGUCUUUUGGCAUUGGUACAAAUCUGACCAAUGACUUCGAGGGCUCUUCUCCACUGAACAUUGUUAUCAAGCUCAAAAGCAUGAACGGGAACCCGGCCAUCAAGAUCAGCGACAACUUGGGCAAAAACAUGGGCGACCCGGCCACUGUUGCUCGCGUCAAAAAAGAGCUGGGCUAUGUCGAGAAGGAGUGGGCCGAAGGCGACGAGGCUCACCGGUGGUAA